CUCGUUCAUUUCCGCUGUCUAACUCCCUCCCUCAGCUGCUGCUCAUCGGCACCAGCACUGCCACUCAGCACCUCGUCCGGCAGGCCCGCGGUGCCCUGACUGACCGGCCCCGCAUUAUUGUUGUGCAUCAUCAUGUGGUGUUGUGACACCAACUCGCUCUCCUCGAUCACCUUCUGCAAGACGGUGUCGGAGCAGUUGGGCACACAGGUGUGAAUCGCCACACCAAUCAGCAGCAGGGCGUGCUCGAGGCCGAAGACAAUGAAGGCCACGGGCAGGCCCUUUCCUUGCUUGAUCCACUGAUUACCGCCCCGUCUGACGAAGUAGGACGGCAAGUACUGCAUGAGCUGCUCGGACGAGAAGGCGAACAGGAAGCAGUUGCAGGGGACGGCGAGCCACACGAGGGUGUUGAGCACGGCCCGCCAUCUGCCGAUGCCGUAGAGAGAUGGCUGCGAUGGGUUGGUGGGGUGCAGGGGAAGUGCGUCGCCGUGGGGAAUGGGCCGACGGCACACAAAAAACAGCUUGAAGAGGUCCGAACGGAUCUGAGUUCAUGCAGAGAGACAAGCCAUGUUGCUGCUGACUGAUCCAUGGGCUGUUUGCUGUGCCCCUCACUCACCUACCUCGAUAAGGUUCUGCACGAUGGAAAGCAGCGAUGCCAGGGGGAAUGCACUUGCGAACAAGGUGACGUAGCCAAACUGAAUGACGAUCUCGAGAUAGUCGUCAAACGCCUUUAGGUGUGCAUGACAUGACAGCGGACAUGGCCGGACAUGAUAGCACAUGCAGGCAGCCCCUACCCACCCUAAGUCACCUCAUAUUCAUCCAAUGCCAUGUUCCUCUCCACCUCUUGCUCUGCCGUCUGCUUGUCGCCAUUGCCACGGAGCCUCGACACAAAAGAAUCGGUGCGCAUGAAGCCACCAGGCUUCAGCGAAGCUGCGUCCAACGAGUGCAGGACCAGCGGGAUGAGCGAUUCCGUGACAACUCGGCGGAUGCAGUCGGCCACGUAGAGAGAUUGGAGCUCGCGCCGCAGCUGCAGGAUGUCGAGCUCAUAAAAGGCGAUGUAAAUGAGGGGGAAAUAGCAAUCAAUCGACUCGAAGACAAACCUGCACACACACAUCAGACACAUGAAUGACGGCAGGCAGCUGUGUAUGCGUGCAGUUCGCUUCUCACCGCUUCAGCAGCAGGGCAUCGAGCGUCUCGUCGAGGCUGCGACCCUCCACGCCAUCGGUGGAUGGAUGCAGGCUGACCCCUCCCCCCUCCCACACAGUGAGGUGCCACGCUAUCCAGCGGUAAGUCGCGUUGAUGAGGUAGAUGACGGCCACGUGCACAAUGACUGGGAAGAGCGACACUAGCAUGGGGCCACUGGGAUCAAACACAGCGCCUGAAGGACAAGAAACACGCAGCGUGGGUAUGCCGAUGUGGUCGUAUCUGUGUUGCCACCUGGUUUAGAGAAGCGAGCCACGGCAGGGAAGUAGAAGACGUUCCUCCCCCCUCUCUCCAGCCCCUCUGCCGUGCCGUCCUUCCCGCCAGACACGUACCCCUGCAAAUUGAGCGAGAUGAUCUGCAGCAUGGCCACCCCCAUCAGCAGCACUAAAGUCACCAGCCACGACACGCCCGCCUUAGCAAAGUACACCACUCGCGCACUCAAAGAGAUUCGUGACACAAAUGACAGCCGGCGGAAUCGAGCAGUCAGCUUCUUCCACACAACGGGCCUGUUGUCAUGCUUUGGCUGCACGUGUUGGCGAGAGGGCUGGCGAGAGGGUGGGUGAAGGAUGUGGGGUGUGGGGUCGCUCCACAGGUACGUCAAUUCCGUCUCGCGACGCUGCCAGCACUUGAUGUAGGUAAAGCUCCAGAGCACCAGGAACAGAGAAUAGAGCGGAACAGCCGCGCUGUCAUCGACUGUUUCAUCCGCUGGCCGAAGCACGUAGAGCACCAAUCCUGAAACACAGACAGACAAACACGCAAUGAGGACAUAGAUGGGACCUUUCCUGUGUUUUCAUCCGUUUUUCCUUACCGAGUACUGCAGGCCCCACAAGCCACGUCAAAUAGUGGUCCAUCCAAGCAAAGUAGAACGCGACGCGCGGACCAAAGUACGACAACACGGCAGGCAGCUCCUCCUCCAGAGAGAACCACGCCAGCGGCGAGAGGAACCGCCAGAAGUGCCGCAUCCUAUCCCUCACACUGCCGUGCAGCGGCGUGGCCGUCUCGAUGACGCCAAUCGACUGACACACACCCAGAAAGUCGUGCAACACAAUAGCAGCGCCGUUGUUGAAGUGAUCGGCCAGUGCUUGGAGCGAGGCGUCAUACUGGACAGGCACGGACAUCAGCGAGUUCCACAACCGAAGAGUGGCUGGCGUCCUGAUGGGGAUCUUGUCGUCAUCGACGUACUGCGGAUCUCCCUCGACAGUCACGAUGAGCGACAGACGGCCGUUCUUGAGAGUGGUUUCGGUGGCCGAGCAGCGCAGCUUCCCCGCUUGAGCUUGAGCCGUCGCCGCAUUGCAGGACAGUGCUGCUUCCGACGCCGAGGGGCUCGACGAUUCUCCCUUUGAUGAGCCGCUGAGGCCCAGCGCCUUCUUCAGAGCAUUGCAUACAGCCGCCUGCGGGAUGCUGCUGUCGCCCUUGAUCACAACAGCCACCCGCAGCUCCGUUGCGCACGGUUUCUUCGAGUCAGCAGACAUUAUCUCGGCUCCUGCUGCAGCGCUUGGAAGAUCCUCGCUUGAGUCUUGUCGUGCUCAUCGAUCCCUUGCAGAUGGACUGCUUUCUUGGGGCG